AUGCCGCCUGAACGACAGAAUGCGCCGGUGAAGCUGUCUCUGCCCCUACAAUUCCAGCAGGACAUCUUCACCGAACUCCGCGGGGAAGAUGAAUUGGUCAUCCUCGCUCGGGGCCUUGGGCUUCUCCGCUUGAUUACGAACCUGCUUCACUUUUACGAUGCCGCUGGAAAUAACCUAGUGCUAUUAGUGGGGGCAGACGAUAGAGAAAAUGAGUGGAUUGGCGAGGCCCUGGCAGAGCAUUAUGCGAUUAGCAGAACCCCUCUUGCGAGGGGCCUCAAGGUUAUCAAUACCGAUAGGGCUACAGUUCCCAUGCGAGAGAGGAUAUACGCUGAAGGUGGUAUUCUGAGUGUGACAUCCAGGAUACUAGUCGUGGAUUUGCUAUCAAAACUACUUGACCCAGAGAAGGUGACUGGACUGGUUGUACUUCAUGCUGACAAGAUUGUCGCAAAGUCAACUGAGGCAUUUAUAAUCCGGAUUUUUCGUCAUGCCAACAAAAGCGGUUUUCUGAAAGCCUUCUCGGACUCCCCAGAGCCUUUCACAACAGGGUUUGCGCCUUUGGCUAAUUCCCUGCGGAACCUGUUCCUGCGCAAAGCGUCAUUAUGGCCGCGAUUCCACGUUACUGUCGCUGAGUCGCUGGAGGGCCACCGAAAGGCAGAAGUAAUCGAACUUGAGGUCCCUAUGAGCGAUAAGAUGCGGGAAAUCCAAAACGCUGUUCUUGAAUGCGUUGAACUCUGUAUCGGAGAGCUCAAGAAGGCGAAUACAGGUUUGGACAUGGCUGAUUGGACCUUGGAUAGUGCUCUGCACAGGAGCUUUGACAUUGCCAUCAGACGUCAGCUUGAUCCCAUGUGGCAUCGUGUGAGUUUCAGAACGAAGCAGAUUGUGAGUGAUCUCAGUGAUCUCCGGGCAAUACUUCAUGCCCUCCUCACCUACGAUGCUGUUUCGUUCGUUAAAUAUCUCGAUACUAUUGUAACCGCACACUCCCCACCCCCAGGAUCCACGAGGCACAACUAUUCACCAUGGCUCUUUCUCGACGCCGCCCACGUUCUUUUCCAGGCGGCGAAGUCGCGGGUGUACGAGGGGAAAAUCGGCAAUGAUACUGCUCGUUCGUCCUUGACCUCUUUACCGACUACACUUCGGCCUGUUUUAGAAGAACAGCCCAAAUGGGAGGUCCUGGCUGAGAUACUCGAGGAGAUUGAAACAGACGCAUAUCUUAACCAAGUCAAUAUGGACGAGUCAAAUAGCACUGUGUUAAUAAUGUGCGCUGACCAACGAAUGUGUCGCCAACUUCGGGAGUAUCUGGGGACGAUGCAUACGAAAGUAGAAGACGACAGACAGGAUAAUGCGGAUGAUGAUGAAAGCAAGCAAGAAAAGAGACGCUCGGCGGAUGUGAUGUUGCGCCGAAGGCUGAGGGAGUAUAUUGACUGGAAACGCUCAUUGUCCAACGUCAAUAAGAAUUUGUCAGGGAGACUAUCAAGUGAGGUGACUCCAUCUGGAUCAGGUCGAGACACACCACGACCGUCAACCCCACAAGGAAGAGCUCCCCCAAACAAGCGACGUCGAGUUCGUGGUGGAGGCGUGGUUACAAACUCAAUGCCGGGCCGUCCAGCGAAUGCCAGUGUCCAAGCAGACACUGAGCCUUCGGAACAGAUGUCUGGUCUCCUGGAUGAGAUUCAGCCCACCGAAACCGAAGAGACAAUGAAAGAAGAUGUCAUUAUCGAUGACUUCGAGGACAUGGACGAUUUCUACGAGCUGUAUGACAUGGAUGACUUGGUAAUGGUACAUCCAUUUGAUGGUGACAUGGACGAGCACAUUCUUGAAGAAGUCCGUCCUCGAUACAUUAUCAUGUACGAGCCGGACUCUGCCUUCAUUCGAAGGGUUGAGGUGUACCGCAGCUCCCACGUAGGAAGAAACGUGCGCGUGUACUUCAUGUAUUAUGGUGGCUCUGUCGAAGAACAACGGUACCUGAGUGCAGUCAGGCGUGAGAAGGAUGCGUUCACCAAGCUCAUCAAAGAGAAGAGCAACAUGGCUGUAACCAUCACUCACGACAAGAGCCUUGAAGACCCCCAAGAGCAAUUCCUCCGAACAGUCAACACCCGCAUCGCCGGUGGCGGACGUCUCACAGCAACAGCAUCACCACCACGCGUGGUCGUCGAUGUUCGAGAAUUCAGAAGUGCCCUCCCCUCCCUCCUCCAUGGCAACAACAUGAUCAUCGUACCCUGCCAAAUAACAGUAGGCGACUACAUCCUCACGCCAGACAUCUGCGUGGAACGCAAAUCCGUUCGCGACCUGAUAUCCUCACUCCGCAACGGCCGCCUGUACAACCAAGCCGAAACAAUGACCCAGCAUUACAAGUCCCCUCUCCUCCUAAUCGAAUUCGACGAAAACAAAUCCUUCACCUUCGACGCCUUCACAUCCGCAACCACCCCGGGAACAACCUUCCUAACAGACUUUGGCUUUUCCUCAUCAGGAGCAGUAACAACGUCUCUAUCAUCUAGCAGCGCACUCAUUAAUCCCUCAGCCCCUAAAUCAGCACAACACCUCCUCGUCCUCCUGACACUCGCCUUCCCGAGGCUGAAAAUCAUCUGGUCGUCCUCGCCCUACCAAACCGCGGAAAUCUUCGCCGAGUUGAAGAAGAAUGCACCGGAGCCGGACCCUGUCCGUGCUGUGCAGAUAGGGUUAGAUGUGGACAUUUUGACGGACGCAGAAACGGGGACGGGGGAUGUUAUGACGGCCUCGGGGAUUGAGCAUCGGACGUUUAAUCUUCUGCCUCAGGAGAUGUUGAGGGCUGUUCCAGGUGUUUCGCCCCAGGUGUUGGAACGGCUGAUCCUUGAUAUUGGGAAUAUUUCCGAGAUUGCCAAUAUGGAUGUUGAACAGCUUGAUCCGUACAUGGGAAGGGAGGCUGCGAGGCAGGUUGUUGGAUUCUUCCGGAAGAGUGUUUUUGAUGGGGAAUAG